AUGAAAAGCUUCAAAUAAAAAAAAUAGGCGAGCGUUUCGGACAAAAUUAUAACGCUUUGCUCAACUUAAUUCUAUGUAUUUGUACCGGUUACAGCAAAUCCUCAAGAUCGAAUUUAUUCAAGGGUUGAAUAUUGCACUUUAAAGAUGGCAGUAAACGUAUAUUCAACUAACGUGACUUCGGAGAAUUUGUCUCGACAUGACAUGUUGGCGUGGGUGAACGACUGCUUGCAGUCCAGCUUCGCCAAGAUCGAGGAACUGUGCACAGGCGCCGCGUACUGUCAGUUCAUGGACAUGCUGUUCCCUGGCAGCGUGCCCAUGAAGCGCAUUAAAUUCAAAACGAAUCUAGAACAUGAGUACAUACAAAACUUCAAAAUUUUACAAGCUGGCUUUAAAAAAAUGCAAGUGGACAAGGUAAUCCCCGUGGACAAGCUGAUCAAAGGGAGGUUUCAAGACAACUUUGAGUUCUUGCAGUGGUUUAAAAAGUUUUUCGAUGCAAACUAUGAUGGACGCGAGUAUGACGCUUUCGAGGCGCGGGGCGGCUUUAUGAUCGGGUCGGGCGCGUGCGAGACGGGCGUGCCCCUGUGCGCCGGCGCGCUCGCGCCUGUGCCUGCGCCCGCGCAGCGCGUGCGCCGCGUCGCGCCGCCCUCCGGCAUCGGCAAGGCCAACACCGCGGUGCGGUCGCCCCCUGUGAACCUCGCCAGGUUAAAUCAAAGUGCGAAAGGCGACUCUAAAGCUCUGGAUGAACUGAACCUUCAGGUAAACGAACUAAAAGCCACAGUAGAUGGCCUUGAGAAGGAAAGAGAUUUCUACUUCGGGAAACUCAGGGACAUAGAGGUGAUCUGUCAAGAAAUGGAAGAACAGCAAACUGGCCCAAUUGUUCAAAAAAUCCUCGACAUAUUAUAUGCGACUGAGGAUGGAUUCGCGCCUCCCGAGGAGAUCGACGGGGACAACCCGCACCCACCCGAAGAGGACGAGUAUUGAACAGACC